AAGAAAAUAAUUUUUUUUUUACUAAAUGAGGAUUUGAACUUCACUUUCCGUGUUUUUCACGCGGUUACCAGUUGGUUCAAGAUUCGACAGGAAAUUAGAGUAACCUCCCUUCGAGACAGCUCCUCCCGAUAUCAUUUCCGCGAACGGGCUAUUGCUGUGAGGAGCGUGGUAGUAUUUUUAUGAGCAGAAGACAGACAACAUUGUGUUGAUAUCGCUGGUGAGACAUUGUUUGUGAGAUAUAUGGUUUUCUUUUGGAAUAAUACCGAACGAUUCAUCCGUUGGAGUGAAAAACUGAAAGAAGAGAAAAUGCACAGGAACCCGUUAUUGUGAACAGCAUACUCGGUGGUCAUCUGCCCGCGAGUACACAGCCCAGUGUUUUGAUGCGAGACGAAUCGGCUAGUGGCUGCAGAGAUAAACUUACUUGGGCCUGCUGUGUGUGAUGGAAUCUCCCUGUCCUUGACCAUUGCCAGUGAUGGAGCAGGCAAUAGCAUCAACGGCUGUGGCAGCAGGGGCAGCAGCGCCGGCGGCAGUACAGAAGAAGUGUGACCCAGUCAAUGUGCAGGUCAAGGAGGAUGGCUGCUGUAAGCUGUACUACAAGGUGAAAGGUCUGCAAAGUGCAUCAUGGGACUUCGUGGAGAGAGAAGGAAAUUUCUAUGCAGUGUUUGAAACAACGGUGAGUGGCCAGGGCUACUUCCACGAGUCCCUGGCAAUACCACCUGACAUCAGGUCAAGAAUAGAUGUCGCCACCAAGGGGCCCAAGAAAGACUUCUACAAGGUGAAGAUCACUAAAACAGGCAGUUUUAAAAUAGCCAGUUACUUCUCGACCAAAAUGUGAAGCAAGUACAGAAUGGGGCAGUGUGUUAUCAGGAUUGUUUUGAAAUCUGCCUUCAUGUUAUAAAACUGUAUAAAGUCUGUGAUGCGGGGGUACGGGUGGCCCAGUCGUGGAAGGCGCAGCGAUUCGCUGUGCAGAGUUGCGUCCCAUGGGCACGCCAGAAGCCUAUGAUUGUGGGUUCGAAUCCCGGUUCGCCCCGAUUAUGUUUC